AUGGGCUCUUAGAAUUUUGAUAUCCCUCGUGAAUUUGCACAUGAGGAGGCUUCCGUUAGUUUGACAGAAUUUUAUUAGAUGUCGUUAGGUUUGUAGGGCCCAAGACUAAAGCAUCAGCUUUUAAUAUACUUAAGUCCAUGCAUUAAGGACUAUUUUGAUCAUUUCCUCGGUUGCCUUGUCAAGUCCAUCUCAUUUUCUCUGUAAAUCUGAGUUUCUACACGCCAUUUCUAUUCUUUUUAGCUGAUUACUAAGCUCAAAAUUCACCAUGGCUUCCAUAUCAGAGACCCGGAAAUGGAAAUAUGAUAUUUUCUUGAGUUUCAGAGGUGAAGAUACACGUAACAACUUCGUUUCCCAUCUUUACACAUUUCUUACAUUCAAAGGAAUUCAUGCAUUCAAAGACGACAAAGCACUUGACAGAGGAAAAUCCAUCUCACCUGAACUUUCAGAAGCCAUUGAGCAAUCAAGAAUUGCCAUUAUUAUUUUCUCAAAAAAAUAUGCUUCAUCCACUUGGUGCUUAGAAGAACUAGUCAAGAUCAUGGAAUGUGUUCAAAAGAAGGGACAAAUUCCAAUUCCAGUCUUCUAUGAUGUUGAUCCAUCAGAUGUAAGGAAUCAAAGAAAUAGCUUUGGUGAAGCUUUUGCCAAGCACGAGGCAUAUCUAAAAGGAACUGAUUUGGAGAAGGUGAAAAUAUGGAGAAAGGUUGUUACUCAAGCAGCAAGUAUAGCAGGAUGGGAUGUACGUAAUACAGCCAAUGGGAAUGAAUCAGAAUGCAUAGAGCUAAUGGUAAACCGUAUUUUUAAUAGCUUGGACCGUUCAGUUUCUGCUGUCACGAUGAAUCUUGUGGGAGUGGAAUCUCGUUUGGCUGAAGUAAAGUCAUUGUUGAAUGUGGGUUUUGGGGGUGUUUGUUCUGUGGGGAUAUGGGGGAUGGGCGGCAUAGGGAAGACAACUAUCGCAAGAGAGAUUUUUGACACGCUGUCUGGUCAAUUUGAAGGGUCUUGUUUUCUUGCAAAUAUUAGGGAAGUUUCAAAGAAGCAUGGGUUGGAAUACUUGCAAAAGACACUUCUUUCACAUAUCUUGAAGCUAGAUUCUCUAAAUAUAGGGAGUGUUUAUGAAGGAAUCAACAUGAUAAAGGCUAGGCUUCACUUUAAAAAGGUUCUAAUUGUCCUUGAUGAUGUGGAUAAUGGAGACCAAGUAGAAAACUUAAUUGGAAAUGGUAAUUGCCUUGGUAGUGGCAGUAGAAUCAUUACAACAACUAGAGACAAACAUUUGCUCAAUAAGCACAACCACUUGUACGAGGUCCAUUUGCUGUCUGACAGUGAAGCUCUUCAACUCUUCAGUUGGCAUGCCUUUCAGACAGUGAGUCCUGAAAAAGAAUUUGAAGAACUCACAUUCCAUGUACUGCAUUAUGCUAAAGGUCUUCCUUUAGCUCUUAAGGUCUUGGGUGCUUUUCUUUAUGGAAGGGACAUGGUUGAGUGGAUUAGUGCAUUAGACAGAUUAAAAGACACUGCAGAAGAAGGAAUUGUUAAGCAGCUCAGAAUAAGUCUUGAUGGAUUGGGCCCUAAAGAGAAAAAUAUUUUUCUAGAUAUUGCUUGUUUCUUUAGAGGGAAAAAGGAAGAUGAAGUGAUAAGAAUCCUAGACGCUUCCGGUUUCUACUCUAAGAUCGGGAUAAGUGUCCUUGCUCAAAAAUCUCUUCUAUAUGUUUCACGAGGAAUCAUUGAGAUGCAUGAUUUGAUACAGGAGAUGGGUUGGCAGGUGGUACGCCAGGUUUACCCUGAUAUGCCAGGAAGAUACACUAGAUUGUGGCGUUAUGAGGACAUAUAUGAUGUCUUUACAGAUAAUACGGGCUCCGAAGCAAUUGAAGGCAUAAUGGUUCCAUUUGAAUUGGAAUCACUUAUAUGCAAUAGGAGCAAAGCUUUCAAAAAAAUGAAUUGUCUAAGGAUGCUCAUAGUCAAAGGGGAUGAGAUUCGGUAUCAUGACCCUAUUGCUCACCCUAUUGACUGCUUCUCCAAUAGCUUGCGGUGGCUUGAUUGGUCAUACUACCAUUUUGAAUCUUUGCCAGAAAAUUUUCAACCUAGAAAGCUUGUCGGGCUCAACAUGUUUUCGAGUUCUAUAGUUGAACUGUGGAAGGGAUUGAAGGUAUUUGAUAGCUUGACAACCAUCAACCUAAGUUGGUCCAAGAAUUUACGCCGAACCCCUGAUCUUUCUGGGACCCCGAAUUUACAGAGGUUGAUGCUAAAACAAUGUGUAAGCUUGGAAGAAGUCCAUUCGUCAACUGCAUAUCUCCGGAAGCUGACUUUGCUGAAUUUGGAAAACUGCAAAAGUCUUGAAUUCCUUCCAAGCAGCAUUCAGAUGAAAUCUCUUGAAAGUUUCAACCUCUCUGGAUGUCUGAAAUUAAAAGAAGUUCCAGAACUUUCAGAGAAUAUGGAUUCUCUCUUAGACCUCCGUUUAGCAUGCACUGCAAUACGGGAGCUAAGCUCAUCAAUUGGCCAUCUUUCUAAAGUUAGCAUACUUGAUUUGAGUUUCUGUGAGGAACUUGUUGGUCUCCCAGCCAAUGUUUGUCAGUUGAGGGAACUAAAAGUUCUGUGGCUGCUCAAGACUUAAGACCUUGCCAAGUAAGAUUGGAAUUCUGGUAAAGCUAGAGGAACUCUAUGUUGAUGAUACUGCCAUUUUGCAACUACCAGAUUCUAUCGUCCACUUAAAUAAGCUUACUGUCCUAUCUGCGAAAAAAAAGACGCAAGACUAAAUAAAUGUCCAUCUGCUUUGAA